AUGCCAACCCCGCCAACUCUAGUCCUCAUUCCAGGCUCCUGGCACAAGCCCGCCUGCUACGACCCCAUCAUCGCCCUUCUCCAAACCACCCACCACCUCCCUUACCUCGCCAUCACCCUCCCCUCCACAACCGGCAACCCAGACGCAACAUUCAAAGACGAUAUCGACGCCGCCACAUCCGCGAUUGCAUCCCAGACCGCGCAGGGGAAGGACGUCGUCGUCAUCGCCCACUCCUACGGCGGGAUGGUCGGCAACAGCGCCAUCAAGGACUUCACACGCCCGCGGCAAAGCCAGCCUCCAAUCGCAGUCGCAGCUCCAGGAGAAGACGGGGACCAAGACAAAAGGCAAGGCUCCGUCAUCGGCCUCAUCCUCAUCGCCUCAGGCUUCACCUUCACGGGCCUCUCCUUCAUGGACCCGUUCCUGGGCCACCCGCCGCCCUUCUGGAGCGCAAACUGGGCCACCGGGUUCGCGGAGCUCGUGGACCCCCCGGGCCCCAAGGCGCUGUUCUACCAUGACCUGCCGGACGCCGAGGCAGAGUACUGGGUGUCGCAGCUCACGCUGCAGUCGCUGAAGGCGCUGUUCGAGGGCGGCGAGUAUGCGUAUGCGGGGUGGAAGGACGUGCCCACGUGGUAUCUGGGCACGGUGCUGGAUCGGGGGCUGCCGGUUGUUGUGCAGCGGUUGGCGGUUGGGAUGGCCAGGGCGAUGGGGGGUGAUGUGCAGCAUCGGGAGGUGCGGAGUAGUCAUUCGCCGUUUUUGAGUGUGAGGGAGGAGACGGUGGGUGUUGUUGUUGAGGCUGUUGAGGCGUUUACGGGGCUGGCCAACGUGAAACAGACGGAGGCUGAGGCUGAGGCCGACUCUGGGACUGUCAGCGCUGGGCCCAAGGGACGUAGUUAUGAGGGUGACGGGGUAGUGGUACCAAGCCCGAGGUUAUGGAGGCCGCUUACGUGGGUCAAGUUCGGGGUGCCGCUUGUGUUUGGGCGUUUGGUGGGAACGGGGAUUGUGGCUUUCACUUGGGGGAGAAGGCUGUGGAGGUCGAGGUUUGGGUUGCGUAGUGUGUAA